GCUAGUGUUUAAAUUGGAAUUGCAAGAGAAAUCGAAACAAUACCCGCAUGUGCGUUCAAUGACGUCCUCAUUAUGAACGCGUUUCACGUCACAGUGAGUGACAUGACCGAUGAUAUAGAUUCCGGUGUCACCAUAGCAACCACCAGGGGUCAGUAUCAGCGCAAACAAGGAUAAACAUCAAGGGUGCGUUCGUAAAUUCACUUUGACUGGCUAUUUAGGGUGUGGUUGUAAAUUCAAUCUGGAGUGCCAGUGUGCGCUCAGACUGCGUUCUGGGCAUUCAUAAAUUUGUUUCGCUCUCGGAGCGUUCAGAGCGCACACUGGACGCUUUGGCUAGCAGUCAAGCACCCAAGCUAACUGGCUAAAGGUGGCUAGAUUGGGUGCUUGACUACUAACAGGCUGAAAUUGGCUAGAUUGCUAGCUACUUCCAGACACAUGAGCAGAUUAGGCUUUUUAGAUGUUAUCUAGAGCGUUUGUGACGAACUGCUGCUGGCAACAAUUUCAUCAUUUUUUUUGCCAUCGUCUACCAACCAGUAAUAUUCAAUGGGCGUUGCGCGUUCGUAAAUUCAUCGGUUAUUCAGUGCUCUGGCACAAACGAGAGUUCUCUGAAAUUGGAGUAGAUAGCCAGAGUGCAUUUACAAACGCACCCCUACUUAGAUUUCAGUGCACUCUAGUCUGAGUGUAUCAGAGCGCAGAAUAACUAGCUAAUGAAUGUAUGAACGCACAACACCUGUUGAAUACUACACGUAUCAGGAAAUGUCGGCAAAAAACGUUAUUAAAUUGUUGCCAGCAACACAGUUACAGUCCGCCAACUCUAAGAUGACAUGAGCCUAGCCUGCUCUGCUUGGGCAAGUAAAAUGGUCAGAGUGAGGUGUUCUCUCAUUUAUGUCUGGAAGUAGCAAGCAAGCCAACUUUAGCCAGUUAUCUUGGGUCCUCGACUGCCGUUGUGUGGUCAGAACGCUCGGAUCAACCCUGCUCCUCGGCCAGAGCGUCAACUGUGCGCUCUGAAUUUACGAACGGACAAUCUGACAUUUUUCUAAAUUUACGAACGCACAGAGCGCACUCUGGCACUCCAGAGCGAAUUUACGAACACACCCCAAGUUGAUCGCGAGGCAGCGACAGCAGCUCGCGUAUCCAUGACUACCCGGAUGGUGCAACUCGCUCAGCCCAAACCCAACCUGCUCCGAUUCCCUGACCGACGGUCAGUCUACUGGCUAGAUGAACUCCCACCUGAAAGAAAUGGCUCCCCCACCACGUUUGAGUUGACGCCCCACUGGUCCCAGCUGUGUGGCAGGAAGCAGCUUAAUUCUGGGUUCGAACAGAGCAGAUCAUCUCCCCAAUGGGAGGUCAGUGUAGCAGCUCUGAGUGCCUAUCCAUCCAAUAGAGUGUGUUCUCUGGCUUUGCCCCGCCUCCCCACCGCAGGCUGGGUAUCUGACCGCCCCCUACUGGCCUCCCUGAGCAGAGCAGUGCAGACUGCAGUAGCCAGUCCUAGGGUCUGCCAGUUGGCCUGUCCCAAGCGGAGGCAGGGUCUCUAUUCGCCCCAUUCAUCCAAGACCUCACUGGCACCCCCCCACCCAGCUGCAACCUCCUCCCGACUACAGCUCCUCGCCAUCCCUAAGUCUGACCACCCCCAGUAUUCCCAGGACCGUCCAGUCAUCUGGCCAGUGCCGGGGCCAGUGAGGAAGGCAGUAGCCAGUGAGAGGGUGCAGGUCCUUUCACAGCCCAACCAGCGGAAGGCGCUGUUCCAAGGCUACAACCCGUACACGGUUACCCUAGCUGCACGCUCCGCUAGCGCCUCGCCGCGCCUACAGGAGCUUUGUCUGCCCCUGCCGCGGAAAUGCAAGGGCAAAUAGACGAAUGCAUCUCAUCUCACACCUCUACAGUACCUCCAGCCGCCUCUUCUUCAGAUACUCUGUCUCCUGUACAGCAUGUCUAUGUCCCUGAUCACCACGGCUCCAUAAUAAAGACCCUCUAUGAUCUCAUUGAGGCAUGUUGCUGGGUCUUUGUUCUGGUCCAACGGGGCCGCUGGCUUUAGAAGGUGGAUUGUUUAGUGCUGUGACGUUCAACAGCGGGCUGAUCAUUCAACUGAACUGAAGUGACUUUUACUAUCACCAAAGGGGAGUUGUCACGGACCUAGAAUAUUACAACAUACAUUAAACAUAAAGAGAACCACCUGAAUGUAAAAGGGUACCUUAUAUCUUUUACUGUGUAAUUGUAGUAUGUGACAGAUGUAGGAAACCUGAAAAGGGAUGUAAUAUCCUUUACGAAUAUUCCCUCUCCUGUUAACCCUCUACUGCACAUAGUUGCACUAAGGCAACAGAAAAUCAUUUUGACCCUACAACCUCCCAUGUGAAUUGUUUUAAAUUGAACAAUCCAAUGAGGUGCAGAAGUUGGUAUGAUGUAUCAAUUUGGGCAGGGAACUUCUUCCAGGAAACAACAACCCCUUUUCAUGGUUUUAUUUUUAUUUUUUUUUAUUUUUUAUUUCACCUUUAUUUAACCAGGUAGGCUAGUUGAGAACAAGUUCUCAUUUGCAACUGCGACCUGGCC